AGAGUCCUGCUAUCCUGUCAGCCGCCGGCUCUCAGGCUGCACUGCCUGCAGGAGCCCCGGACGCGGCGCUCCGGGGAAGAAGGGCGAAGGAACGCGGUGAUGGCCCCACGGGGACUCCUGGGGUCCGCGGUCCUGGCCGCCGCUGUCUUCGUGGGAGGCGCCGUGAGUUCGCCGCUAAUAGCCCCGGACAAUGGCGGCAGCCGCACAUUGCACUCCAAAACACAGACGACGCCGUCGCCCACUGACAAUACUGGGAAUGGACACCCAGAAUAUAUCGCAUAUGCGCUUGUCCCUGUGUUCUUCAUCAUGGGUCUCUUUGGUGUCCUCAUCUGCCACUUGCUGAAGAAGAAAGGCUAUCGUUGUACAACAGAAGCCGAGCAAGACAUGGAAGAGGAAAAGGCUGAAAAGAUAGAAUUGAAUGACAGUGUAAAUGAAAAUAGUGACACCGUUGGGCAGAUUGUUCACUACAUCAUGAAAAAUGAAGCAAACGUUGAUGUUUUAAAGGCAAUGGUAGCAGAUAACAGCGUGGGUGACCCUGAAAGCCCUGUGACACCCAGCACUCCUGGGAGCCCGCCUGUGAGCCCUGGGCCCUUGUCGCCAGGAGGCACCCCUGGGAAGCACAUUUGUGGUCAUCAUCUGCACACAGUGGGUGGUGCUGUCGAGAGGGACGUGUGUCAUCGGUGUAGGCACAAACGGUGGCACUUCAUAAGACCCACCAACAAAUCCAAACAGGGCCAUGCAAGGCGUCAGGGAGAGGUCACCGUCCUCUCUGUUGGCAGGUUUAGAGUGACCAAAGUGGAACACAAGUCAAACCAGAAGGAGCGGAGAAGUUUGAUGUCAGUUAGCGGGACCGACAGUGUCAAUGGGGAGGUUCCUGUGACACCUGUGAAGAGAGAGCAGAGUGACACAGAGUAGCAGGGGUGACUUAAUUUGAAGAGUUCCAAGACACUGAGGACUUACAAGAUAAGAAGUUGCCUGGGGAGUUUUUAAAAAUUUUUAUACAGUUUCUAUUGUGGAGUCGGCAGGCUUGUGGAUAGAAGCUAGAAGGGAACGUUGCACUGUGCUGGAGACACAAUUCAGUUUGCUUUGAAACAAGUUAUGGGUUAAAAAGUCUGAUGGAAAAUGUAUUACAUUUCCAGUGAAGAAAAGAGCUCGUUUUAAAAUAUUCCCGACCACCGUACCCCCCCCACCCCCCAUUACUUGCCUCGGUGUGACCUGGCAGUUUUUCCUGUAUGAUCACUGUGUGUAGGGGAACUAUCCGUGUGCGGUCGAGCCGACGCUUGGCGAUGCCUGCGUGUGUGAGUGUGUGUGUGCGCACACACGUGUACACACACACACACACACACACACACACACACACACUCUUCUCCCCACCCGUAGAUCUCAUUUUGCACCUUGUUACAGGAAGAUCCUCUGAGAGCUUAACUGUUACAAGAGAUAAAGGUGAAGCUUCGUGGUAAAAGGUGCUUGCAGAUAAUCUGGACUUAGCCCUGAGCAGUCGUGCCCCCUCGAGGUCAUGGCGUCAGAUGGCACCAGAUGCCAGACUUUGGAUUCCUGGACCAAGAGCUCAGCUUUAACCCCUGCCACCACACCCCACUCCUAGGUCACUUGGAAAUAUUGAGGCUUUUUUGUUUUUAACUUGUGCUAAGCAAUUCUUAUUUAAUCUGUUGAAUAGAGGGGGAAAAUAGUUUAAAGUGACUAAAAACAAAAACCCCAAAAUGCGUGUUUUGACAACCCGAGGACAAAAUAAAACAAAAACACCCAACUUCUGAGGCAGGAUGGGCCCGUACCUUCCUCUGGCAUGUUUUCUUGGGCAUUUCCCAGUUUCCGUCUUGUAACCAACGUGCAUUAUUGAAAAGAUUCUUAAUGGUUACUUUUCCCCUGUAAGCCUGGAAAACCUCACUUUUAUUUAUUAUUAUUAUUGUGUUUAGCUUUAUAGUUUACGAAACAUCUGAGAGAACCAGAGGUGGAGCUAGGAGCACAGUUAUGACAGGUGUGGGCCCCGGGCCGGGAGCCCAGAGACCUGUGGUCAGUGUUGGUGUGGCACCUGGUGCACUUCUUCUAUCUCAGCGAGAGGGAGCAUCUUUCUCAUUUCACUCCCCAAGAGAGGAUUUCCAUAAAAAUGUAGUUUAAACUAUUCCCUGGAAAUAUACUCAUUCUAUCCUGUUUCUGGCGUCAAAACUAAAAAUUCACAACCUUUGAAAUGAAUGGUAGGUUCAAUUUCGUGUGUUUUUUUUUACACUGGCCACUGAUAAGAACUGUGUGUGACAUACAGACUCACAGAGGGCUAGAGGACUUCGGUUUGGAAAUAAAUCCCGCUGAGGUCCAGCAAGGAGCGAUAGAGGAAUUUGGGGGAAGGGGGUUGUAUUAGUGUAAAUACUAUAUGUGCGGCCUAGACCAAUAGUUUUAGUUUUUAAACGUACAGCGCCGUUUUUGGCUUUAAAAAUAUGAUGCCCUCAGAUGGUGAGAAAUAAAAUGUAAGAUAUUCUUCAGCUUUAAUUAUUUUCUAAUUUUAUUCAGGUCAGAGCACUUUUUUAUGGCAAUACAACAGGCAAGAGAAUACUCAAAAAUAUUUAAACGUGUGUUUAUACCAAGAGUACGUUUUAAAUAUUUUCUAAUACUUGAGCAGUUUUUGUCUGGCUGGCUUCCAAAUAUGCCAAAAGUUAAGCAUUCAAUGUUUUAACACAUAAGCUUUUUACUAAUAAGGAUUCUGAAGUAUUCCCAAAGCAACUGAUGUUUACAGGGCUUGUGUUUUUCUUCCUUCUUUAGAAGGAUCGGGGUCCACAACAAACUUACUGUACAAAACACUAACGAUGGGGCUAACUUCUGGUGUCAUGAGUGAGUUGGCUACGACCUUGCUGUAAAAAUUUGUAAAGGAAAUUUUGCACCAUUUUGAGUGUCAAAUGUAUUUUUAACUGUCUGGUUUGUACUUUUACGACUUUUGUACUACCAAAACAGAGUUAAAAAUAAAAACGUUAAACACUUUGUGUGGUUUUU